CAGUGUGUCAGUCAGCCCAACACGCGACACGACACGAGGAUACCAGCCAUGAGGGUGGACUUAAUCUAUCUAGUUUAUCUCAUGUCACUGGUGCUCGGUGUAUGCGGGGAUCACCGCCACGACCAGAUACCCGCUGUGACCAAGGUUGUACCCAAGCACUUCCGUGUAUGCCUGGAAAGAGUUUUAAGUUUCAAUAUUACCGACAUAAGUGAAUUACAAGAUCAGCAAUUACAGGAACUACAUAAGUGUUUUUCAAGGGUUGAAGGACCAUGUAACAGUUCCCCUUCUCCACAACCAACAACAACACCGGGUGUCAGUGAACUGCCCAGGGUAACCUUGGGCAUUAUACUGGUCUGCAUGGCGGCUGUUAUAGCUUUGUUGAUUGGAGUACUUUCUACUGUAUGCUUUUUCACCUGCUGCAAGAAAAAGACAAGACAAGAACGGGUAGAAGACAACUGUCAGCUAUAGUUCUGUUUGGUGACCCUACUGAUUCAAGGCUGAACACGUGGAUAACAGUCAAAUAUAGUUCUGUUUUGGUGACCCUACUGAUUCAAGGCUGAACAUGUGGAUAACAGUCAAAUAUAGUUCUGUUUGGUGACCCUACUGAUCAAAUACUGAAGGCGUGGAUAACAGUCAAAUAUAGUUCUGUUUGCUGAACCUACUGAUUCAAGGCUGAGGACGUGGAUAAGAGUCAAACACAGUUCUGUUUGCUCAUCCACGGAUGUUAAAUGGACGUUAUUUCACGAACUGUCAAAUAGUAAAAAUGGUAAAAAACGUGGACAGCUCUCGAUUACAGUUCCGCCUGUUGACAUUUGUAUAUGUAGACACGGUGCUGGAUGGCCCUGACCUUUGGUAAACCGACAUGUGUUUUGGCCUUUGGUUACACAUGACAUUUGCCAACCACUUAGUACAAUUCAAAAUCAACGUUAAUCAUAUUGCAAAUGCAGAUUUUUUUUUCUGUCCUCAACUUGGGAAAAGGUAUAACGUCAUUUAAGAUGUCAAAACAUCACUGAAUAUUGAUUGACGUCAUACGAGUCCGUAAAACACUUAUCACUGUCAGGCACUUAGAUGGAAGAGACAAAUAAUACAAAUUGUGCA